GCCCGCUCCCCCUGCUCCCCUAUUGGUUGGGGCUGCCUCUCUCCAUCUCCCUCGGUGAAGACGCCGCGCUUCGGCUGGGUAGCUGAUCCCGCAGGUUCGGAGCUUCGGUGACCCGCUCGGCGCAUGGCGUCCCAGGGUCGUCGGCGGAGGCCGCCGCGGAGGCCCGAGACGGUGGUGCCGGGGGAGGCGGCCGAGACGGACUCGGAGCUCUCCGCGUCCUCAUCGGAGGAGGAGGAGCUGUACCUGGGCCCCUCGGGCCCGACGCGCGGCCGCCCCACGGGGCUGCGGGUGGCCGGGGAGGCCGCGGAGACCGACUCGGAGCCGGAGCCGGAGCCGACGGCCGCGCCGAGGGACCUGCCUCCGCUGGUGGUGCAGCGGGACACGGCGGGGGAGGCCUGGGCCGCGGAGGAGGUCCCGGCGCCCGCCCCCGCGCGCUCGCUGCUGCAGCUCCGGCUGGCCGAGAGCCAGGCGCGGCUGGACCACGACGUGGCGGCCGCCGUGAGCGGCGUGUACCGCCGCGCGGGCCGCGACGUGGCCGCCCUGGCCGGCAGGCUGGCGGCCGCCCAGGCGGCGGGGUUGGCGGCGGCCCACAGCGUGCGCCUGGCGCGAGGGGACCUCUGCGCGCUGGCCGAGCGCCUGGACAUCGUGGCCGGCUGCCGCCUGCUGCCCGACAUCCGCGGCGUGCCGGGGACCGAGCCGGAGCAAGACCCGGGACCGCGGGCCUAGCCGUGACCCACUGCACCGCUGGACUCUGCGCCCUGGGGAUAGGCCUUGCGGCCUAGGACCUGGCUUCGUACCCUGUGAAGCCCCCUCGCAUCUCCCUGUCACUCUCAGGACUAACCCCGCCCCCUGUAUAAUACUGUGUGUCAGGUGGAUAAUGGGUUCAUCUUCUGGCGUGUAGCCCAGCCCUCCCCUGCCCCUUGCAUCUGUUCCUUCCUCUGGUCCUGGCCCUGCUCCCUGGUUCCGAGCCUGUCUCUAAGGCUUGGCUCCAGCCCCUGGCUAACUAGCCGCUCCUUGAUGUGUCUCCAUCCUGGGGCUCCGUGCUCCACCUUUUCCUUGCUCUCUGCCUGUCUGAGUUUGCCUUCUUCCCACAGGAAUCCCAGAAUCACAGCAGAUUCUCUGGCAUCUUCCUUCACUCCCUUGGCUCUGCCUCCCAUGCUAGCUCCACUUCUGGAAUUUUGUCCCGCUGGGCUGGGCCCUUUUUCUGCUCACCUGGCUUGGCUCUGUUUCCCUCUCCUCGUUCUAGUUCUUGCUCUGCCGUCUCCUGGCUCCUCCUCAGACUUAGCUCCAAUCCCUCGGCCUGAUCUUGUAUCCUGGAUCCAGCUGUCCCCCUAGGAUUGGUUUUGCUUCUUUUUGCUUUUCGCAUCCUGCUUGGACUACCUACCUGAUCCUGGGCUCCAAAGGCCCCCUGUGGUUUCCUUCCUCAGGCCCAAGAUGAGGCCCCCUACCGACCCAAAGGGGUGGUCCUCCUGACUCUCCAGGCCAGGGUGGCGCCUUCUGCCCAAGCUCCAGAUACAAGCUGGGCCUCUUCCUGACUCUCCAGGACCAGGGUGGCACGCUUCAGGCACUCAGGGCCCAGUACAGCCCUGCCCUGGUACUUUGGACGCCAGAUGACAGCCCUUUGCAGAUAAGGAUCACAUGCCUGGUCCGUGCAUGCUAAACCCCUGGAUCUGUCGGCCCCUGCAUGCUAAAAGGACUUGGAUUUCUGAAUUGUGUCAGUGUCGGGGCUUAGCUCCCUCUUUCUGCCCCUUCCCUUCUGCUCCCUCUUCUGGUCCCAUUCACAUUUCCUCCCCACCCCCAACUCUGUUAUCCCAGGCGGAAGCUGAGAUCUGAGCCCCCAGGAUGGAGAUGUGGGGAAAAGCACUUUAUAGCGGACUCAUUAAAACUCAAAACAAUUACUGAUGUGCUCAACUCCUCUUGAAUCCCCACCUAAGCUGGGGGUGGGUCGGUUGGUGAUUUCGAGAAUGCGGUCCCACGAGAGGGCCCUAAGCUUUCUGCCCUGGCUUUGCAUUUAUUUGUAUUUCAUUCAUUGGACACACAUUCACUGGCCUGUUUUGUGCCUGUCCUGUGCUGGGCACUGGGGGGGGCAACAGCCCGUCCGGGCCCUCACAGAGCCGACAGUCCACUGGGGGAGACAGACAUUAAUAAAAUAUUCUGGUAA